AUGGCGUAUCGCCCAGCCGUGGGGCAGAAAUAUGCCCGGCUUCGGGCGGAGCAGCAGGCGAUGUUGGCUGCGGCUGGGAAGGCCUUGGCUGAGGACAUGUCGCAAGAGAAUCAAGAGCACCUCGCAGGGGCAGCCGCCGCAGUAAAUGCUGGGCGCCUGAACUGCCGGAAUAUCGCCGAUGCAGGGCAUCCCGCUCUUGCAGGGGCGCUUGAGUCAAUGGCCGCUCGCUCAAAAAGGAGCGCCUUAGACGACCGACCAAGCCGCAGCUGUGGAAAAGACAUCGGCGAGUGGCGACAGCUAGAGAAAAUCAUGGAGCAAGCGAUGCAGUUGCAGCUAGCGCAGCUGAAGAAUCUUCGAGUGAGGAAUGCCUCCGCUGACGAAGAGUCACAGUGUAGCUUGCUUGACCGAGCAGGAGCAUCGAGCGCCUGCCCUGCAGAUGAGGUCGGCAAAACUUGUCGGUUCAUGUCAAAAUUGGCAUCGCGUCAAGACGAAGCCGAGUGGCUGAGGAAGCUCAGCAAGACGCAGCUGUUGAUGCCAAUAAUGCUCGUGCAAGGAGGAACUUUCUUCCAGCGACUGCAUAGCAUCGAGUCGAAGCUGGACGCCGACCGGAGGACUGUGGCUACUUUGUACAGGAAGAUACAUGAGGCAGCCGCGGACAGCAAUGGGAUAUCCGUGAUCUGA